AUGUCCAUCAUCCUUGAAGACAACCAGCCCCCCGGGCUCGUACGUCUCGGUCUGACAUGGUAUCAUGAACUUCCAUUUUUACCCUAUGGAUGGGAGGCAACCAAUGAUCGAGGAUCUGGAUCGCUCAAACAUGCAGCCAUGAGAGCACUCCUGCAGGACCAGUCGGCGCUGAAGCCCGAGCUGUUUGAAUACGUCUCCUGGUAUUUGGCAAAAUACCUUUGGGAUGCCCUCAAAAGCAACAAGCAGACAAUGCACAUGUGGAAAAUAAUGACCAGUGUUUAUCCGGCACAAUUCCACGAGGUUAGUCCUUACUACUGCCUCAAUGCUGGCUGUCCUAAAAUGCCAUUAAGAGACUACAUGGGUAUUCUUAAUAGCGAUGACUUUCGCUGGCGUGCAAUCUUGACGAUUGCAACUACCUACUGCACUGCUACAGACCUGGCUACUAUACCAAACAUAAAGAAUUUGGUUGCUCUGGACGUUUACAGUGAGCCAUAUCCGUCGAAUCUCACCCUAGUGGAACCAGCGCGUGUCAGCAACAACGGCAUGCCCUUGCAAGAUGGGUUUGUGCGUGGUUGGAUUGAAUCAAAAGCACUACAACACCUCCGCAUUCUUAGAUUUUACCACCAACACGAAAUGACAAUUGCGACACUGGAAGCUCUACGUGAGCUGCCAGAGCUACAGCUAGUUGUGGCGUACGAGUGUAAGAUGAUCACCGAAACGAUUCAAGGGUACGAUAGGCCCGCAAAUAACAUCAUUCCCAUAAAGGGAUGGUCGGCCUGCAGACUCGAUUGGUUUUGGGAGGCCCAUGGAACUACAAAGACAAUCGAUGAUAACCUCUUGGCCUUGCUCCAUGUGUACCAGUCUAGUCUCCAAACAUCCGAAGUCGAGGGCUCGAGAAGACCAUCAUCCCUACCCACGAAUCUCUCGAUUUUGGAGUUCAAACUACCAACUGCCGACCACAGCAGAAGAGACAGGGUAGUUGUCCGCUCUCGUUAUAAUGCAAAAUCAAUUGUAUUGUUUACCCGAGAUCCUGUGAAGCAAAAGCUUGAUAUCGAGAAGCAGCAACGUGCAAGGGAGAAGAAGCGGAGCGAGCCACCUGAAAGAGGAGAUCGCCCUGCCAAACGAGCAGUCAUGAAAGAUAGGGGACCAAUGAACAUCUCGGAGACUUUGAACCAGUUCUUUUGA